CACUGAUAUAAUCUUAGACCAUGACUUAUGCAACUAUAAAUAGUCUCAAUGUGCUUGCACUACAACACAACAACAAGGUUUGUAUGCAUUUUAGGAUGGGAGAGUCGUUUUCUACUUCGAAAAGUUUGUUAAAAACAGGCAUCGUUUGCAAGAUUCUGGAAAAGUAUGUGUCUGUAACACAUAAUCAAUGGCAACAACGAAAGGCAACAAAUUUUGUUCUUGAGAAGGACUACAUGUUUUCUACCCGGCAGUCUGCCAGAUCACGCAGAUCUGAAGGCCAUUGUGUCUGCCAAAAUAGUCCAGCGAGAAAAGAUUGAAAGAGCAAGUUCCAGGGAAAAGAAAAUACAAUCUAAUGAAGGAAAAGAAAGUUCGAGAGAGAAAUUAAAGCCUCAAUUUACCAGAGAACAUGCUUGGAAAGAAGAAGUUGACUCCAAAAAGAGCCAAUUUAACUCAUGGUCAACCACCUUGCCUCCUCUCAUAUGAUCAAUCCAAAUGAUCUGGGCGUUGAUGAAGACGAAACCGGUAUGCAGAUGGUAGGUAAACAUAAAAUGGUGAAGUGUAAGGGAGUUGUAACAACUUGUGAAGGGAAUAGUGCAGAAGAAGAUGCAACGGUAACUGCAUAUGAAUCUGACGACUCCUUUGAGUGGGAUGAUGACUUUGUGAGGGAGGAGUUACAUUAUGAUGAUAAAGAGCUGUAUGAGGUGAGGGAAAGUAAUAUAAAUAAAAAGAAAGCUCAAACUAAUGUGAUCUGGACUUCUAAACGUCGAAGCAACUUUCCUCAAGACGAGAAUUUGGGGGGGAAUGGUUUGAAUGGUGAACAACCGGAGCAAGAAGAAAGUGAACAUGAAACUGUCUUAGCACCUGAGAGCAGUGAGCAACUAGAUUCUAAGAAAUGGCCAUCAUAUUGGACUACCUAUGAAGGAGGCUAUGAAUCAGAACAAAGAUAUUCAGAUGAUGAAGAUACCUUACUAUCAGAUGGUGAAUCAGAUGCAGAUGAACCUAUGCUCAAGCGAAUAAAAGGGAAAAACUAUGAAAUAUUCAAUGAAAAAGCAGACAUGAAAAAUGUGGAGUUGACUGUGGGGUUAAGAUUUGCAUGUAGUGAUACAUUCAAACAGGUUGUAUUGGCAUACUCUAUUCAGAAACAUAAAGAUCUGGUUUAUAUGAUAAAUGCAAAACAUCAUAUUCAUAUUGGUUAUGCAAUGUGUAUAUGGGAAUUGACUUCAGGGCCUGACCUUGUAGAUGUAAGUGCUUGGCAAAUUAAGUCUAUGCAACAUAUUCACAAAUGCACCAGGACCUUCAACAAUAGAUUGAUAACUGAGAAUUGGUUAGCAAAAGAAUACCUUGACUAUGUUUUGAGAAAUCCCUUGAUGACUCCAAGACAUAUUAAGGAUGACACGAAGAAGAGGUUUGAGAUUGUUGUGAGCAGUAUAAAAUGUCAUAGGGGCAGAGAGAAAGCUUUAAAUGAUGUGACAAUGUUGAUGGAAAAACAAUAUGGUUUGUUAAAGCCGUACUUGCUUGGGUGGUGAAGACUAAUCCAGGUCGUACACGUGUGUUAAGGACACACAAGGGGGUAGUAGGGCAGCCACAACAGUUUCAACGUUUCUAUGUGUGCUUUGCUGCAUUGAAAGAGAGUUUCCUAGACACUUGCAGACCUAUCUUUGGCCUAGAUGGUUGCUUUUUGAAACAUGCUUGUGGGGGACAACUUCUAGUUGUUGUAGGUAGAGAUGGAAACAAUCAUAUGUUUCCAAUUGCUUGGGAUAUUGUUGAACGAGAGAAUCAAAAUUCAUGGGAAUGGUUUUGUAAGUUGCUUAGUAAAGACCUAAAGAUGGAUGACGGAAAGGGGUGGACAGUGAUCUCAGACCAACAAAAGGGAAUUUUAUCUUCUAAGAACUGUCUUUUCAAAAAAAAUCUGAUAGCUUUUUAUUUACUUAAUAUGCAGGGACUCGUACAUGCAAUAGGUUCAUUGUGGCCCGAAGCUGAGCACAGAAAGUGUGCUAGACACAUUUCCUCGAACUGGAGCAAGAAGCAUAAGGGGAAAGUGCUAGACAGACAAUUCUGGAGAUGUGUAAAGGCCAUUAGUAUAGGGGAAUGGCUGAAGGAAAUGGCAUGUUUGAAGUCAAUCUCACAAUUUGCAUAUGAUGACUUCAAUGUCAGAGAUCCAAAUACAUUUUGUAAGGCACACUUCCUGUGAUGUGGUUGAUAACAAUAUGUCUGAAACUUUUAAUAGCUUUAUCUUGUUAGAUAGAUACAAACCAAUCAUUACAAUGUUGGAGGAUAUUAGAUUAACUUUGUUUGACAGAAUGAAAGAAAAAAAGAAAUGUGUUAACCAAUUUGUGGGUGGUAUUGCCCCUAGAAUUAGUGAAAAAUUGCAAGAGGCUUAUGAUAGGCAAAUUAAGUGAGUGUAGGUGGAAUGGAGAGGAUUCACAAACUGGUUUUGAGGUUCAUAUUUAUGGUGUUGCUCAUGUUGUGGACAUACAAAAGAGAAUAUGUUCUUGUAGGGUUUGGGAUUUGACAGGAGUGCCAUGUUGUCAUGCAAUGAGUGCAAUCUUGUACAUGAAGCACCAACCAGAGAAGUUCUUACCUAGAUGGUACAACCAAGAAACAUACCAACAGACCUAUUCAAGGCCAAUCCAGCCUGUUCCAGGAUGCCUUUUUGGGAUGCUGAAGGGGAGGGAAUGGUUUUACCUCCUGACAUUGUGAAAACAAGUGCUGGUAGAAGAAAGACAACUAGAAGACAAGAUGCUGAUGAGAUCCCUAAAAAUAGAACAAACAAGUAUUCUAGAAAAGAGAUGCCUAGAAAAUGUAGCAACUAUAAAGAGACGGGGCAUGACAAAAGGCAAUGUCAAGCAACAUUAGUAACAGCAAAGAGACCUGCAGCAAGUCAAGCAGAGACUUCAACAACAUGGCACAGGGGUAGAAAGAAAGCACUACUACAAUUUUCAUCAUUUGCUGCACCCUAUUUGCUGCGGUUAUUUAUAAUCCGCAGCAAUUAACAUGAAAAUACGGAAGUAUUUGCUUCGGUCACACUGAACCCGCAGCAUUUGAGGCAGAAAUUUAAACUAUUUGCUGCGCUGGAAACGUAACCGCAGCAAUUGUAACUUAAAAAUUUAAUUUUAUUCACUUUUAGUUGCGGGAUCAUAGGAACCACAUGAAUGAGUAGGAAAAUUGCAGAUAACCUACCCAUCCCAUCUAGAAACCACAGCUUCAAAAAAUUCCUCGCAGAUCCGCCGCCCCACUCCGACGACCAGCUACCUCACUCCAGCCACAAGCCUCCGCCUCCUCCCAGCACCACACCGACCACGCCGUCUCACACCGCAUCGGUCUAGUAACACCUACGUCACCCAUCCAGCCACAUCGCGCCUCCAUCUAACACCGUCUUCGCCCGACAAUGCCGCCGCCUAAUGACGCCAUCACCUGCGCUUAUAAGCAACGCCGCUGCAUCCAAUAUUCCCUCUCCUCUCACUUCAAAUGGGAGCUUAUUUUGGACAGUUUGACAUAGGUGUAAUUUUACAUGUGCCCGCCAUAUGCCAAGGUCCAGAGAGGCAUCACACAAAGAAACAACUUUCUCCAAAAUACAGCAUUGUAACACGCCAUCACCCUAGAUCUCGCCCAGCACGCAGCCACAACAGCGCCUUUAACAGGUUGACCUGAUUGAUUCAGAUGGGCAAAUUUUUGGAGUGUUUUGCUCAAGUGGUGUGGUGAUAAUAUUCUUUAACAAAAAGGUUGAAACUGAUGAUAGAUGAGGCAUUCUCAAUGGAUGAAAUUGCUCGAGUUCAAGAUGCAUGGGCAACUGAUUAUAUGUCUCUGUUAUUUUAUUGUAAAACUUCCGUGUAUAUAAAUAAUGUAUUGUAAGAUUAUAGUUUUUGUUUCAUCAGACAUGUAUUUUUGUGUGUGUAUGAUAUUUGACAAGUGAGGUUGUUGGUCAUUUACUAAAUAAAAUAAUAGAGGUAUGAUUUCUUUAUACUGUCAAC